AUCUCCUAACAGAAAUAGCAAUAUUAACAAUGAAAUCUGCUGCACCAUAUUGAGAGAGUCUGAAUUAUUUAACAUAUCUACUAGUCCUUUAAAGAAAGACGUCUCCAGUGUGCACCAAUUGCUGAAGAUUGGUUCUUUCUUUGCUAGGAGUCACCAUUGUACUGCUCUACUAUCUUAUUGCCUUUACUUUCUUUUAUAAUGAUCCCUUAACAUUUCAAUAAUUGUGGCCAUUAGGUCCGCUUUCUGCUUACACAGCUUAAGCAAUCUCUUCACCUUCAGCAUAUCAACUUUGGAAAUACGACAAUCAAGGAACACCAUCAGAUCCUGGCAUGUCAACCACUUCUUCCCCUUGCCCUGAUGGAAAUUGAAUUUGAAUCGCAAACACUUCACUCCCCAUGCUGUUGUAAUUUUGUUGAUAUCAUCACCAAUUUCAAAAUAAUCAAUGAAUUCAAGGAGAAACUCAAAAUAAUCCUUGACCAAAGGGAUUGGUGGGUGGUUUCAAUGGAGUUAGAUAUACCGGUGCUGAAAGGUUGCGGAGAAGGAUUGGUGGUUUCCAAAGGGAUUCCAUGGCGUCUGUUGCUAAUUUCUCCUAGGUUUAGGGUUCACGCUGCCUGCUUUAGGCCCAACCCAUGGCAAAUAAGAAGGGGUAACGCCACAUGCAACAUGGUUACAUGGAAUGGAACAUAAACAAAAGGCUGUAUAAUCAAUCAAAGAAGGUGUUUUACAGUCUAGAUUGUGAGAGUUGUUGAUAUUAAGAAGGGUACCUCUAUCCAAUGGCUAGUAGUUUUCAAAUUUGGAUUGCAAAACACCAGAUACAUCUCAUAUUGAAUUUCGAAUUUCUCCAAAUUAUACAAAAAGAUUCUACAGGUCAAUGUAGAGCCAAGAGAAUAUUUCUCUUGAUUGCUUUUAAGAUGUACGAAGAUUUCAAAAGAACCUUGCGCUUUUAAAAAUAUAUAUAUGUGGUGACAUGAUUGGUGGUACUUUUUUUUGAAUAAAGAUUGGUGGUACUUAUUCCACAGAUGGAAGGGCUCACCUCUCUUAUAAACCACAAACAGGGCUUUAGUUGUAACUGAUCUCAGAAAUUAUCCUUUGCAUGGCGGAUGAUGCCCAACGCUUCCGCAUCAUCUGCUGUGACUGGAAUAUCUAAUGUCUGUCUGAUCUCUGCACUAGAAGUGCGAAGGAAUGGAUUACAUGACUUCUCUAUCUUUAGUGUAGUUGGAAUCUGGUAAAAUAGUAUAGCAGUCAAACUCAGGGAAUUUCACAUUGAAAUA